AAAACAAACAUAAUAUUUCUAAAGUGAUGUAAAAGAGAGCCCGAACUGAGCAAAAGGGACAUUUGUGAGUUUUCCUCAAUUCACGACUAUGUGACCUCAUCCGAGACUUUUUAACAAUUCGCACUUGAACGCAGCAUUCUUGGUCUUGUGAGAGGGGAAGUGUUCUUGUUUUCAUUCCAAGCUGCAACAACUUCAUUUGUCUGUGAGAGUUUGGGAAAACUGCAUGUGACGCUGGGGACGAAGUGAAAGCAUCUAUCUGGAUCUUCAAAAAAUAAGCCCAUCAUCAACAUACAGUCACUCAUUCACUGAUCUUACAAGGAGCUGUUUUCCACAAUGAGCGUGUCCCAGACAAUGGAGACCGAGGAGGAUCUCCUGACUUGUCUCCAAAUCAAGCUUUACCACCCUCAGCAGAGUUGCAGGGGCAUUUAUGGGGCUCUGCCUCUCGGGAAGAGGAAAACACACACAGCAGAUGACCCCCUCAGGCUGGGCCGAGAUGCCCAGGCCUGCACCUACACCCUGGCUGACCCUCGAGUGUCCCGCAAACAACUGGCCCUCUACGCCUUCCACACACCACACAGCCCGAACAUGAUGUUCACCAUCCAGAACCUGAGCCAGAAGGGAAAGCUGUCAGUUAACAGCUCAGCUCUGGGCUUCCUGGAGAGGAUGGAUCUCCCUAAUAAGGCCCUGAUCCGGUUUGGAGAGUAUGAAAUUCUGAUCAUCCAUGAGUCUGGUGAGGCCAAGGCAAGCUUUGAGGUGGAGUUUGAGGUGUUGGCAGUGCCCCCGUCCAGGGAGACGUGCAUGUGUGUUCCCAGUAUGACACCAGUCAUGGACACAGGCUCAUGUGUCAUGAAUGGUUUUCAGUCUGAUUUCCCAGCACUGGGCCCUCUGGAGACUGAUGAGACUCUUUCAUAAUGAACCUUUGCCACUUUCCCUUUCGCAGGUUUUGACUUGUUUUUCCUUUCUUUUUCACUUGCAGUGGAAAAAAAUACAUUACAUUACAUUAUAAAACAUGCAUGCUAAGAAAAAAGAUUCCCUAUUUUUAAUGUGAAAUCAAAGUGUUAUUUUGCAACUCUUAUUUAUUACUCCAUAUGUUAACGAGCUGUAAUUUUUCUAUCAUGUAUUUUAUUUUUUAUAGUGCAAAUGCAAAGGCUUGAAGGCGCUUUCAACUUGAGCAUAUUAAAAGUGUUUGUUGGUAAACAUGCUUGUGUGAAUGUGGUUUGACAUUUCAAGGAAACUCACGGUCACUAGACUAGACACUGAUUAUAAAACAGUGGUAGAAGCUGGUUAUUCCAGAAUUGCAUCGCAAUAUGUACAGUAUGCAAGUCUUAUUUCACUUGGAGCAAGUGAAACACCAGUACAAACAUUUAAAAACACUCAGUUAUCAAUAGAUUAU